ACGGAAGGGCGUGUACACUAGUUUCAUUUUUCACCCAAAUCUGAAGACCGUGGGGAGUUGUAAUGCCAUAACUGCACAAAUAACUUUUGCACACUGUAUCCCAUCCCAGAGAUGAUUCUUAACACUGCAGAGAUAGAGAUGGAUGAAGUCAUGAAAAAAAAACUGCAAAAGCUGGAUGAAUCCCUGAAAAAUCCAGCAGGUUCAAGUGCAGUGGAUAGUUUAUGUGAGGAGACUGCAGCUCUAUCAACAAGCAGCAAGAAGAAAAGGAAGAAGAAAAAUAAUCAACAAGAGUUGGGACCACAAGAAGGUGAGCAGCAAGAUAAAGAGGAACCACAUCCAGACACUGUAGUGACAUCCAUUGAGGAAACAAAUGCAGCUGUGCAGCUGUUAACAAAGCCAACUUUGAACCCAAAUAUCCCAAGAAGGUGGCAUCAAAUCAGCCGUCGUUGGAGGUCCAUGCUUGAGAAGUUAGCUAACAUUGAUGCUAGCAGAACAAAUAGACUGCCAGGUCUUACUCUUGUUAUUGAUCCUGAAUUUCAGAUUGCUAAUGGAAGUGAUGGAACAGAAGUUUUUCUUGGUUUGAGGGAUGACGGCACUGAGGUGGCUGUGAAACAAAUGAAAAAGUCUAACUACCAUGUCCUCAAAAAUGAGGAGCAAUUUCUACGGCUUCCAGAACUUGAUGAUCCCUCUAUUGUGAGAUAUGUGGACUUCGCAGAGGAUGCACAUUUUGGAUACCUUGUUCUUCAGCUUUGUGAGUACACACUGGAGGAAUAUAUUCGAGAUCAUUUACCAGAUGACAGCGCUGAGAGAUCUUUGAUUCUGAAGAAGCUAGUGAAGGAAGUUCUCUGCAGCUUACAGGUUUUACACAAUAGGAAGGCCAAUAUACUCCAUCGAGACAUCAAACCCCAGAAUGUCCUGAUUGACAUAAAUGGAAAAGCCAGAUUGGCUGAUUUUGGCAUAAGUCGUCGACUUAAACAGGGUGAAACCACUUUACGAACAAGCAUUGCUGGAACUAGAUGCUGGAAGGCAAAGGAGACCAUACAAGAGAAUUUCAACACUAGAUACAAGAGGAGCUCCGACAUUCAGGUUGCUGGGAUGUUAGUCUACUUCAUUCUCUCUAGAGGACAACAUCCAUUUGGUGAACAACCAUAUUGUGAAGUCAACAUUCUGGAAGGAAGAUACUCUCUGGAUCCUCUGGAUGAUGAUGUAGCGAAGGAUCUCGUUGAGUGGAUGAUCAAUGAAGAUCCAAAGAACAGACCAACUGUGGAGCAAACCCUUGCACACCCCUUCUUCUGGACUGAUGACAGGAGAGUGCGGUAUCUGAGAAUAUUGGGAGGCGAGAAAGAGGCUGAACACUGCAAUACUGCAAAUAAGGAGCUGCUUAAUGCCAUUGCAAAAAACAUCAAGGGGAAAAGCUUUUCUGAAUGGAAAACUAAAGUAAAUCUGCAGUUCCAAUCUGAUCUUGUCCAGCAAAUGGAAAAAGAAAGGCAUCGAUCCUAUCCUGAGAACACACUGGGCCUGCUGCGUUUUAUACGCAACCUACACGAGCAUAAUAAAGUUGAUGCUCUGAAAAUCAACCUGAUGGUUGUAUUCCCUGAUCUCUUUUGGAGUGUGUACUUGUUUGCCAGAGAGAGAGGAUGGAACUCCAGAGAAACUGUCAUUGAGGAAAUGAAGCAGACAUCAUAAAUAAAAAAUCUAACAUAAAAAUUUUAAUUUGCAGUCACCAAUAAUGACACGCUUUUAUACCAUUUUUAGAUUUUGAUUUAAUGCUUCAACAAAACAGAAAGUGAUUUUGGUGAAAUUUGGUGUUUCAGGGAUUCUAAUUAGUUGCAUAAAUGUUUGUUUAGGUUUAAAAUUUGUUUUCCAAUCUUUUAGUAUUCUCUGUAACUUUUAAGCAACCUGUGUGUUGCUUCAUUGAAAAAAAUGCUGCUGCGGUUAGUCAUAUAAAUAUCGGACUAAAUUAAAGUUUACUAAACAUAAUUUUAAGUCAAGCAUGAACGCUUCAUUUAAAAAAAAAAAAUAAGGCAUUUUAAGUCAUGAAAACUAAUUGCAGCAGUAUUAUUUUAGUGCUCAAGAGAGCAACCAUAUAUUUGUGUUGUGUUGUUUUAUUUUUUCCUUUAUUUUAUUUCAAACAUUCAUUCGAUCAUGUUCAUUUAUCAUUUAAUUAAUCCAUUUAAUCAUUUAUAAUAAUCAUUUAAACUCAUUCAAUUAAUUGAUUCAUUGAACAUUCAUUUUACAUUAUUAUUUGGCCAUCAUUACAUUAUCAUGUUGUUAACUGUUGUCUUUUCAAGCGAAGAUGAUGUCUUUUCAAUGUUUUUAAUGUUGUGAAACAGUAAAUUGCCAUUGUGGUAUGAUAACAAUUGUUGGAUUUGUGCUGUUCACAUGAUGAAUGAGCAUUAAAAUAGACACAACUAGGAUUAUUAAAUAAAUUUGUUAAU